AUGCGUGGGGCCGGGGCGCCGCGCGCCUAUAAUAUGAGCGCGCCCGGGGGAGGCGCCGCCAGUGGAGCGGGUACCGGGCCCCGGGAGCGGGCACCGGGGAGCGGGCACCGUCCGCCCUUCCCUUCCCCUUCUUCCCGCGCCAUGCUGCCCGUGCCCUCCCGGGGUUGGUGGCGGCCGCCGCCCCUGGUGCCGCGGUCGCUGCCGCCGCCGCUGCUGCUGCUGCUGCUGCUGUGGGCGUCGGGGUCCCGGGGCAGCGGCGAGUACUGCCACGGCUGGCGUUCCGCGCAGGGCGGCUGGCGGUCCGGCUUCCAGUGCCCCGAGCGCUUCGACCAGGGCGACGCCACCAUCUGCUGCGGCGGCUGCGCCCUGCGCUACUGCUGCGCCAGCCCCGACGCGCGGCUGGACCAGGGCGGUUGCCACAACGACGGGCGCCAGCCCGGCCCGGACACGCCGGCCCAGCCCGGGACCAACCCGCGGGCACCGGCCGGAAGCGCAGUGCCCAUCUACGUGCCGUUCCUCAUCGUCGGGUCCGUCUUCGUCGCCUUCGUCAUCGUGGGGUCGCUGGUGGCGGCCUGCUGCUGCCGCUGCCUGCGCCCCAAGCAGGAGCCCCAGCCCAGCCGCGCGCCCGCGGGCAGCCGCCUGCUGGAGACCAUCCCCAUGAUCCCCAGCGCCAGCACCUCCCGCGCCUCCUCCUCGCGACAGGCCAGCACGGCCGCCAGCUCCAGCUCCAGCGCCAACUCGGGGGCUCGGGCGCCUCCCGCCAGGGCGCAGACCAACUGCUGCCUGCCCGAGGGCACCAUGAACAACGUGUACGUCAACAUGCCCACGAACUUCUCGGUGCUGAACUGCCAGCAGGCCACCCAGAUAGUGCCCCACCAAGGGCAGUAUCUCCACCCGCAGUACGUGGGCUACACGGUGCCCCACGACUCUGUGCCCAUCACCCCCGUGCCGCCUUUUUUGGACGGCCUGCAGCCGGGCUUCCGGCAGAUACAGGCCCCCUACCCUCCCCACGCCCAGGGUGAACAGAAGAUGUACCCGGCCGUGACGGUGUGACGCCCGGGGGGCCGGGUCUCGCCAGGAGGAGCCUCCGGGUGGGAGGCGUGAGCUCGGAGACGGGGAGGGAGACCCCCGCCUCCCACCGUGGGACGGAGUCCCCAAGCCGGAGGUCCGCCCGCGCCCAAAGAGGGAAAUCCCUGCGUGGACGUUCCCCACCGUGCUCUGCACCGGCGGCAGAAGGGCGGUGCUGAGGUGGCUGUGCGCUUCCCGUCCUGACGACCUGCAGGUGGGCAGCCCCAAGGACAUCAUCGCCUGGCAGCCGAGGUGGUGUCUCCUCCUCUGACUCGGAUCAGAACGGGGUCCCCCCUCUCCCUCCUCCGCGGUCCCGCGGAUCGCUUCCUAGACAGUCGGGAGCCCGGGCCGCCGCAACCACCGGCAGUCGGAAAGCCAUUCGUCUUCCGAACGGAACCCCUUUAGGGGCGGCCCCAAAUCCCGCAUCCCAGCGAGGCUGGCGGUUGGGCAGAGUUAUUUAUACUUCACGUCGCGGUCUGAAUGCCAAAUGUUUUUUCCACACAAACGGCCUUUAGGACAGAUUUAGCGUGGGGGCUUUAAUCAGAUUGAAUUCAGAGGGCUGGGAUCGUCUUGCCAGCUCUCCGCCCCGGCGUGAAACCUUUCGUUUCGUUGGGGAUCGCGUCCGAGUUACUGAGAGUUUACACUUCUUCCCCUUUCUCAACCGGUUGUGGCCAUUGUGAUUUACUUCUCACUGGGGAGAUUUCGUUACCUUGCCAUUGCAGUUUCUCGAGUUUCAGAUUCUGUGGACCUCUGUGGUCCAGAGUAAAGGUGCCAGAGUUAUAAACCGGGGUCAAUAUUUCUGCUUAGACCUGAUGAAUGCAUUUCAUUGUUUACAUGUAAACAGUAUGAAUAAAUGAUUUUUGGUUUUGAUUUUUAAA